AUGUCUUCAUAUGGUGAUGAUGAGAUUGACGACUACGCGUAUGGAUUGGAUGAGGCUGAACGAGCCGCCCGACCGAUUGUCAUUCUGACCGGAUUGAAAAGGAGUGGAAAAACGUCGAUUCGCAAAGUGGUCUUUCAAAAAAUGUCGCCAAACGAAACGCUAUUCGAGGAAAGCACUGCCCGAGUCACUCAAGAUACCGUUCGCUCUUCGUUCAUCAACUUCGAGACGGUGGAAUUCCCGGGACAACUCAGCCCGUUUGAUGCGAAUACGGAGGAUAUGUUUAGACGUUGUGGAGCACUCCUUUUCAUCAUCGAUGCGCAGGAUGAUUAUACAGAGGCACAAAAAACGAUGGCCCAAUAUUUCGCGCAAGCCUAUCAAAUCAACCAGAACAUCAAGUUUGAAGUCUUCAUUCAUAAGGUUGAUGGUCUUCCCGAAGAAUCGAAACUAGACACGAACUUUGAGCUUUUUCACAAGAUGAAAGAAGAUCUGUCGGAGCAAGGACUCGAUAAAAUCAUGAACACAGUCUCAUUUCAUCUCACCUCGAUUUACGAUCACUCAAUAUUCGAAGCGUUUAGUAAGGUUGUGCAAAAAUUGAUCAAACAACUACCAACCCUUGAACGACUAUUGGAUAUCUUCAAUCAGAGCUCAAACGUCGAGAAAUCAUUUCUUUUUGAUGUGGUGUCGAAAAUUUACAUUGCCACCGAUUCAAGUCCCGUCGAAAUGGCAACUUAUGAACUGUGCUGUGAUAUGAUUGAUGUUACGAUUGAUAUCUCGGCAAUUUAUGGUAGCAAAAACGAUGGCACUUCAGCGUUCGACGAGAAAUCGUAUGCAGAGAUUCGAUUACAAACAGAACAGGUCCUCGUUCUUCGUCAACUUUCCAAACAUUUGGCCCUUGUGUGCAUUCUGAGAUCGGAGAACUAUGAGAAAAAAGGCCUCAUCGAGCACAACUUUAACAUCUUCAAAAUGGGCAUUGAGAAAGUGUUCCGUGUUCGAAAGCAAAUGAAUUCAGGAAUUCCCCACAGCAACUCGUCACAAGUCGGCUCAUACCAG